AUGAUAUCUUGCUUCAAAACUAAUCCAAACCGUACCGCGAACACCCCUAAUUAUGAGGCAUGUUAUGCACCUGUAAUAUAUCUAGUGAAUGAGGAUACUCUGUGGGAGAAAAUAGAGUAUGUUAAUUUACAACCACCACCAAUCAAAAGACAACCAGGAAGGCUAAAGAAGAAGAUGACUAGGGAUGCAUUAGAGAAUAUAAGAGAUGAUACACAAUUAAAGCGAGCUAACUUUGGAAUCAAGUGUAGCAGGUGCCACAUGAUGGGGCAAAACAAAGCUACUUGCAAUCUACAUGCACCAACUCAGACAACUCAGCUUGAACCAAGUCAACCUGGACCAAGUCAGCCAGAACCAAGUCAUCUUGUACCAAGUCAGACAAUCUAG